AUGCAUCACCCAAUGCAGCUGCGUGAUUUCGUUGCAAUCUCUAACGGCAGACCACUCGAACUGCUCUUCAAGGUCCAUUCAGUUAUGCCUGCUGUACCGCUGCCUCAUCAGCUUGUUGCUUUGAUGAAGUUCUGGAAAUCUUUGUCAAUCCUUCUCACUAGCGUUGAUUCCUUGGAAUGGCCAAGUUUCGUCACCUAUGCGUUCCGCCGCUUUAUUAUUUUCGCAUCUGCAUUGCAAGCACAUUUGGACUCUCGUCUUGUGCUUCACGUUAUGCCUCCCCUCGAUGUUUUGUGGGUGUGGCAUUCGCUUUUGCAAUCUCCCGCAGCAUGCUACGCUUCUUUUGCUCACAAUGGUUUUAUCCAAUUCUUGGAUGUUCCGUUUCCAUUGGACCGUAUUGGUGAUUGCAUCGACAAUCAGCUGUUUGCCUACGCUCCAGAUGCUUUGGGUGUUUACAAUUUCACAUCCAUCGUCCGCAGCUUUGGAUUUGAUCUUGACUACGACAUUCCUUUACCCUUGAAUCCCGCAUCGAUUUUUUAUCCGGUUUUUUCGCCUGUCACUGGUAACCAAUUGGGCACCGUUCUGUUAGCUCAGUUUGUGAGCCCACAUAUGAGAUUUGCUAGCGGCGAUACCUUUGUUACUCAUUUUAGCUUGACCCACUUGCAGACAAAGGCGGACUGGAACAAGAAACAAAAGAUUGCUGAGCUGCCCCAGUUUCUGAACUUGAAAGAAUCCACGGGACCCGGCUCUCUUUUCACCAUUGCUAGUGGGUUUUUUAACGCUCUGCCAUUAGUCCAUCUUACUGUGGGUCCUCAUUGUGUUAAGCUUUCUGGCGACUGGGUUUCGCAUGCUUUGCACAACUCGGUACCCCUGUUGGUUGAAAGCCUGAACUGGCUCUUCCAUGGCGGCUUGGAAAAGGGCUUGAACGAAGCUAUCAUCAGAUAUAAGAACUUCUUUGAGUUGAUGUCCAAGGGUGGACAUGACCAGAGAGUUCCCACUUUGGAUAUUCGGUUGGUUUGGAGUGCUCACAUGAGCAACUUCAAACAGUAUGCUGAUUUCUCCAUUUACUGGGCAAAAUGUGUAGUUGUACCCGCAGCAGAUGGUGUACAAACGACUUCUUGUCUUUUCAGGACUGCUAAGCGGUUUGCUGAACUCUUUGGUCGUUCUUACUGCCAGUGCAAGUGCAAGUAUUGUUUCCAGUACGGAGGUCAGAACGUCUCCGACAGUGUUCAAGAGCACUCCUUUUCUUGUGCACGCUACAUCUACGACCUUCUUUUGCCAGUCAUCUGCGAAGGAGAUGAGGCAGCUUAA